AAGGAGGAGUGGCUGAAGGAACCGGAAGUAUCCUAUUAUGGAAUGGUGUCUCUCACAUAAACUUCCGGUUGGGUGUCAGCUUGAAGCGAAGUAUCAGAAUUUUAAAAGCCAGCAUAUUUCUCUUUUUCAUUCCUUUUUUGUUUGUUUUGUUUUUCUUCGUGUCGCCAUAGCAGCCGAGCCUUCACAUUCUCCCGCCGCUAACCGAAAAAAAAAAUGUCCAAGUCUUUGAAGAAGAUAGUGGAGGAGAGUCGGGACAAGAACAUUCCAGAGGUGGAGAUGUGCGACAGGGGCAUUUCCAACAUGCUGGACAUCCCAGGACUAUUCACUCUGUCUAACAUCACACAGCUGGUCCUCAGCCACAACAAGCUCACAGCGGUGCCUGCUAACAUCUCCGAGCUGAAGAACCUGGAGGUUCUGAACAUGUUCAACAACCAGAUAGAAGAGCUGCCCACCCAGAUCAGCAGUCUUCAGAAGCUGAAACACCUCAACCUUGGAAUGAACCGUCUGAGCGGAUUGCCCAGAGGAUUUGGUUCAUUGCCAUCUCUGGAAGUGUUGGACCUGACCUACAACAACCUGGACCAGAACUCCCUGCCGGGAAACUUCUUCUACCUCACCACACUUCGCGCUCUCUAUCUGAGUGACAACGACUUCGAGGCCCUGCCCGCUGACAUCGGGAAGCUGACCAAGCUGCAAAUAUUGAGUCUGAGGGAUAACGAUCUGAUCUCGUUGCCCAAGGAGAUCGGGGACUUGGCUCAACUCAAGGAGCUUCACAUCCAGGGCAACCGACUGACCGUCCUGCCCCCUGAACUCGGUAAUCUGGAUCUGACCGGUCCUAAGCAGGUGUUUAAAGCAGAGAAUAAUCCCUGGGUCACUCCCAUUGCGGACCAGUUCCAGCUGGGCGUCUCCCAUGUGUUUGAAUACGUGCGCUCUGAGACUUAUAAGUAUCUCUAUGGCAGACACAUGCAGGCCAACCCCGAACCACCGAAGAAGAACAACGAUAAGAGUAAGAAGAUCAGCCGCAAACCGCUGGCCGCCAAGAACAAAUGAAGAGAAGACCGAGGAUGGAGAUGAAUGCAAGCUCAGCCUGUCAAACUCACUGCAUGUGCCUUCUUUUCUUCUCUCUUUUAUUUUUAUUUUUUAUAGAAAUAAACAUUUUGUAUUACAUGGACAUGUAUGAAUUAUGUUUCUAAAUAUGUAGUGUUACAUAUAGUUUGGACUGUAUUCCACUGUGCCUGAGUAUAGAUGGAUGUUUUUAUUUAUUUUCAACUUUGUGAACAGUUUAAGUCUUGGUUUUGGUGCUACUUACCUAACUGCUUGGACACAGAGGUGACUACUGGUAACAGCUGCGUAACUACCAGAUUAGAGUAAUUUAGAAGCAAUGUUAAGAAUUCAUUAUAAUGUCAUCCUUAGUCGCUUUAUAUGCUGGUGCCCCCAGAUGGCAAACAGAGUCACUGUAACUUCACAUUGUAGGACAUCAGUAUCAAGACAUCCUGCAGGGCGAAACUAUUGAACUGCUAUGAUACCAAAGGCGAACACUUAACAUGGGUGAGUCCAGAUGCUCACAGAUGUUUGGGACGCAACUUGAACGACUGCUACUACUACAGCAUACUUUCAGCUAAGGAAACCAUUCAAAACCAGACAAAAUGUUCAGCUCUGUAAGUGCAUUUAUCCUUGUUUUCAACUCUUCUACCUUUUUAUGCUGUUUCCAACAUCAUUUUGUAAGUGAAUGGGAGGAAUCUUCAAGUUCUCUUCCAACCCAUUCCACUCUGAAGUUCUACUACUUCAGCUACAGACUUCAUUUCAAAUUUGAACAAUCACAAGACUUUCAACAUAACUUAAACUAAAAACUUUUUCUGUAUAUUUUAAGUAUUUGAAUUAUGGCUGAGUUUAUAAUGGGUGUGUAUUGCCUUGCUUAAAGUGUGUCACAUGACCUGUGAUGUCACCCAUUGAUCCUCUUCUGCUUUUAAAAAAAAUCACCAGGCUUUGAACUAUUCAC